GUAUCCUGUAUAAAACCUCCCCCUGUGCCGGCUCCUCAGGAGUAGUCAUGGUCAUAAUCAGCUCUGAUAAAGGCUUAUCGCAUUUCAGGUUAAUGAUUGAGCCUUGAGUGAUAAUAUACAAUGAUAGCCAUAACAGGCCAAUGGGAAGCGGGUUAUUCCCAGCUGCUUGUACGCCACUUGCAUACAGAGGGAAAUAAAGGAGACAGCCUCGUUGGAGCUCUGUACUGGCCCAGUAUGAUGGAUUCAGCAGAUCCCAUUCCCAUCGCUGGGGAGGAACCGGCCUGUGAGUGCUGCUCAUCCAAUAUGGACCCAAAUUCAGCUUCCAAACAAGCCUCAGCUGUAACACCCUGCGUGGAUCUUCCCUCUGCAGAACAAGCAGCUGACAUUGGGUCUGGUACCGGACUCAGAGGGGUAGAACUGUGCAUAGACCAACAGAAGCCACUAGCCACAAAUAACCUGCCUCCAUCCAUUGCAAAUCAAGACGCUGUAGACCCUGAGGGAACAGACAUGGACUGCCCAGUCUGCUUCAGCAAGUACGAUAUCUACCGGACCCCUAAGGAACUGUCCUGCAGGCACACAUUCUGCAUCGUCUGCUUGAAGCUGCUGCUCCACCAUGAGAAGGACGCCUGGCUGAUUCCAUGCCCAAUUUGCAGAUGCUCCACCACGGUUUUUGGAGGUCUGAUAUGUACCUUACCCAACAAAGAGUCGCUGAUGAGCAGGUUGGAGGACUCAGGGCUUCCUCAAGCUUCUCAAGGGCCUGAGGUUUCCAUCAGUAUGAACUGUGGUUCCCACCAUGUUGGGAUUGAAGACGGCCAUGACAGUGUGAGAAUGGCAGCCCAGAGGCUCGCGGUCCUACUCCUAAUCCUGCUGAUACUCCUCAUUAUCAUCCUGCAGUUUGUGUACUCGGGGAUCCUCAACUGGGUACUGGGUUUUAUCCUGGGGUUGGUUGCUAUCGUCGCUCUGUUGCUCUGCUUUGGACCAAACUGCAAGGUAAAACUGCCAAUAGCAAGUGCCACCCAAGAGAAGGACAAUCACCCUACUGUGUGACUGAGCCCAAUGGCAGUGCAACGCCGACUGGGGCAGGACUAUAUCAGGCAUCGUUUUAUAUACUUCUAUACUAUAUUUAAUAUUUUUUACUUUUAUUUUAUUUUUUGAAAUCAUUGUACCGGACUUAUUCAUGUAGCGUAAAGCUAAAUGUGCAAUAAAUUGUGAUUUUACUCUUA